CCUAAAUCCCACCCUCCUUCCUACCCUUCCUUCUCCCUCCCUCCCUCCGUUCCCAUUGCCGGGCCGCCGGCCACACUGCAAUCUGCACCAUUUUGUUUUCCCCUUUUCCUUCUUCUCCAUAUCUCCCUCCCUUCUACAACCCGAACCCUCGCCGGCACGCCCUCCUAAGCCCGUUUCUUCCUUCUCUCCCUAUCUCCCUCUCUGCUGCAACCGCGCCGGUGCGCCUGCCCACAGCAUUCUCCUGCUCGUCGCUAAGCAGCUGGGCCCCGUUGGCGGGAACUUCAGCUGGCAGCUAGCCGUCGAACCUUAUACAGCACCCCCGACGGAAGCAACUCUCUCAAUAUUAAAUUCCUUCUGCUCACUCUCACCAUCUUUCCUUAACAUUGCAGCACAUCCACCCUCUCUUCCUUCCAAAAAUCUGAAGAAAAACAGAAGGAAUACAGAAGCGCGCAGCAGUGCUGGCUCUGUGUGAAGGAAAUUUUCGGCAGCAUGUGGAACUGGGGGAACGGCAAUGGAAUGAAGAAACGGCAAAUGAUCGCGCUGGAAUAGAAUCCAGUUUAAACGUGUAGUUGGCUGUUUUGCUCUUUUCGUUUUGGUUCUGAGAAGAAUUUCACUUCCGAGUUCGAAUACGGAUUUAGAGAUUAAUUCUUAGUGCUUUUACAUGGAGGAUCAGAGCUGUAGGAGUGGUAAUCGUAGCGAACACCAGUGGAGAGCUGAGGAAGAGAUUGCUGGAAACUCCGAUGCCCUUAAAGCACUGAGAGAACUGAUCAUUUUCCCACUACUAUUCUCCCAGGAAGCUCAAAAAAUUGGUCUAAGAUGGCCUCGAGGAUUGCUUCUAUACGGACCCCCUGGCACUGGCAAGACGAGCUUAGUACGUGCAAUUGUUCAGGAAUGCGGUGCUCAUUUAACCACUAUCAGUCCCCAUUCAGUUCACAGAGCACAUGCUGGAGAAAGCGAAAAAGUUCUGCGCGAGGCUUUCUCCAAGGCAUCAUCUCAUGCAAUAUCAGGGAAGCCAUCAGUUAUCUUUAUAGAUGAAAUUGAUGCACUUUGUCCACGUCGGGAUUCUAGGAGAGAGCAAAAUGUUCGUAUAACCACUCAACUUUCUAUUCUGAUGGACUCCAAUAAGCAAUCAGCAUCUGGUAGACCACAAGUCGUUAUUGUUGCAUCAACUAACAGAGUGGAUGCCAUCGAUCCAGCACUUAGAAGAUCAGGGCGUUUUGAUGCUGAAAUAGAAGUAACAGCCCCAACUGAGAAUGAACGAUAUCAAAUUCUUAGGCUAUACACAAGGAAGGUUCAAUUGGAUCCAAAAGUGGAUUUACUAGCAAUAGCUGCAUCUUGUAAUGGGUUCGUUGGAGCUGACUUGGAGGCUCUGUGUCGUGAGGCUGCAAUGGCUGCAUUGCAAAGGUGCUCAGGUACAAAUGAGAAUGAGAUUCUCAGUCUGACAACAGAAGACUGGAAGCAUGCAAGAUCUAUUGUUGGCCCAAGUAUGACUAGAGGCAUCACUGUUGAAGUUCCGAAUGUGACUUGGGAUGAUAUUGGAGGACUUAAAGAUUUAAAAAAAAAACUACAGCAGUCGGUUGAAUGGCCCAUCAAACACGCUGCUUCUUUCUCAAAGUUGGGUAUAUCUCCUGCACGGGGGGUUCUUUUGUACGGGCCUCCAGGUUGCUCAAAAACAACCCUUGCUAAAGCAGCUGCAAAUGCUGCUCAAGCGUCCUUUUUUUCACUUAGGUAUUUUCCCCAGAUUCUGCAAAUAGGCCUCCAGGUUCUCAUCGGAAAGCUCUUCAUGUCCUUUUUGUGUGUUCUAAUAAUAGUAUGAUACCAUAGUUGAGAAAAAGGCACAAAAAGUGUAGAAUUCUAAAUGUUGAGUGACAGUGACCUUGUAAGCAAUGUUGUCUUUGUCUCAUUAUCGCAAUUGAAGAAGCAUGAACAUGGACGAGACAUAAAACAAAUACAGUACACGUAGGGUAGGGAUGUUUCAACUGGCUACACGUUGGGUUGGCUUUGUCCAUUCUUGGCCAGAAUGACUCUACCAGUAUCCUUGGUUUGUGAAAAUGGAAAACUAAAACCAAUGAUCUUAAAUGGACAAACUUCGACCAAAUAGUCGGAUAGACCGACUUGAAAUUCUUAAAUUUGUUAAGGACAUGUGACCGCAGAGAAGAACACCAAUUUUCAAAAGAAUUUCCCAUCAAAGGCAUCGGUGAAGUGCCCAAGUCAUUGCCUGGCUAAUAGAUAUAUUUUGACUUGAAUCCACCCAAUAAUUUCCUCAAGUAUUUUGUUCGAAUAGGAUGAUGUACUCAUGUCUCUGUGAUUAAUUAGACCUGGACUCUUCGAGAUUUAUUAGCCAACUCGUGAUUUUAUUCUUUGAUAGACAGGCAAACAGCUCUGGUGUUAUGUUAAUGCUUCUGAAUUCAGAUGUGAGAAUUAAAUAUCCGCCACAUGUUUCCCUCUUGCAGUUCGAACUGCAAGCAAACCAUU